GCGGCCACCUCGGAGCCAGGCAGCGGCUGAGCGGGGACGUGCCCGCGUCCGAGACCGGGAUGUGUCUCCUCCUCCUCGUCUUGCUAGUGUCCUGCUGUGUUGGAACCUUGGGGACCCACACCGAGAUCAAGAGAGUGGCAGAGGAAAAGGUCACCCUGCCCUGUCACCAUCAACUGGGGCUCCCAGAGAAAGACACCCUGGAUAUUGAAUGGCUGCUCACCGACAACGAAGGGAACCAGAAAGUGGUGAUCACGUACUCCAGCCGCCAUGUCUACAACAACCUGACCGAGGAACAGAAGGGCCGCGUGGCCUUCGCUUCCAACUUUCUGGCAGGGGACGCCUCCCUGCAGAUUGAGCCUCUGAAGCCCAGCGACGAGGGCCGGUACACCUGCAAGGUGAAGAACUCGGGGCGCUACGUGUGGAGCCACGUCGUCCUGAAGGUCUUAGUGAGGCCGUCCAAGCCCAAGUGCGAGCUGGAGGGAGAGCCGACGGAGGGGAGUGACCUGGCUCUGCAGUGCGAGUCGUCCUCGGGCACACAGCCCAUCGCGUACUCCUGGCAGCGCGUCCGUGAGAAGGAGGGCGAGGACGAACGCCUGCCCCCCAGGUCCAAGAUCGACUACAACAAUCCCGGCCGCGUCCUGCUGCAGAACCUCACCAUGUCCUCUUCCGGGCUCUACCAAUGCACGGCAGGCAACGAGGCUGGGAAGGAGACCUGUGUGGUGCGAGUGACCGUGCAGUAUGUGCAGAGCGUUGGCACGGUGGCAGGAGCCGUGACAGGCAUCGUGGCUGGAGCCCUGCUGAUCUUCCUCUUGGUGUGGCUGCUAAUCCGAAAGAAAGGCAAAGAAAGAUACGAGGAAGAAGAGAGACCCAACGAAAUUCGAGAAGACGCGGAGGCCCCGAAGGCCCGCCUGGUGAAGCCCAGCUCCUCCUCCUCGGGCUCGCGCAGCUCCCGCUCCGGGUCCUCCUCCACGCGCUCCACGGCCAACAGCCAGCGGACUCUGUCCACCGAGGCGGCGCCCCCGGCCCCUGCCCAGCAGCCCUGCAGCCGGCUGGGGCCCGAGGGGAGAGGCGCCGAGCCGAAGAGGGCGCACCACGCCACCUUGACCAAAGCCAGAGCCGCGCCCAGCGUGGUCCCCAGCCAGAGCAGAGCCUUCCAGACCGUCUGAGGCUGAGCGGACCCGAUUCCCGCGCUCCCCGAGUCACUGGAGCUGUCGCCAGCCACACGCCCCCUACCCUCAACCAGAGAGGUCCCCUCAGUAGCACGGAGCUUUGCACGAACCAGCGGGAGAGCACCCUCUCUGGCGGCACCACCCACCAGGGGAAGGGGCGGACCGUCUCCGAGCAGGACCUCCCGUGCCUUCAGGCCCAGCGCGAAGGCCGGAUCAAACCUGUUUGCUGAGAGGACCUGGGACGGGCUGGGGAAGGCGUGGUGAAAUCCUCACUUCCCGCCUCAGGUGUUUUGUACUAUGCUUUGAGUCAUCGCUGUCAGGAAGAAAUGAGGUGUUGCUCGUGUUUUCUAUGCAUUUCUGCAAACUUACUGGAUACCGUGAGUUUUCAAUGGUCAAGCAGAACCCACAGCCUUACUCUAACGUCUGCACCACACCCGGCUGCGGCUGCCCCUUCGAGGAACUCCAGAAAAGGAAACGGUCUCUUCCAUGCCCACUUGACUGCCUGUCUUACAGUUUAGGUAUUAAUUUCAAGGGACGCUGAAAUAGUGGGAGAGGGAGAAGAACGGAUUUCUCCCACUCAACCUCAUGCUUAAGUAGGAGUCCCCAAAUAAGAGCUAAAAAGGGAGUCUAACAACGCAAAAAGGGAUGGAGCGCAGCUUUCCACCCUGAGAGCACUCAGACUGCUGAUGCACAUCUGUCCCGACGCUGGACAGCUGAGGUCGCCCCUCCAAUCCACCACGCUGAGGUUUCCCCGGUGGGUACCUCUGGAGGACGAAAAUAUUCACAUGUCAUUUAACACUGUCCUUAGAAAGACAUCUUCUAGAAAAAAAGAUUAGGGACACUAGAAGGUCACCUGACAUACAUUACAGUCUCUUUGUGAGGACAGGUGAGACCAGAGUUUCAAGCCUGGCGGGACUAGAAAGGGAGAUUGGAUCAGUUUUCUCUUCAGAGGUCCGGGAAUGACGUAAGGAAGUCUAGGAUGGAGCGAACUUGGAGCUUGCUUUCAUUUUUAGAAGCACGUGAACAUGGGACUUUCAGUGAUCCUAGGCCUGGAAUUAUUAAGAUGAUCAGGGAUCGCCACUGUUUCCUAAAGACAUAGUAGGCCCCAUAACUUACCUCCUGAGAGGCUGAAACAGAGAAAUGCAGUAUUUUCCCAGCCUCAGGCUCCAGGGGGGUCAAACUCUGGGCUGGGAGGACAGGGAACUGAUAUUCAGGGGAAAGACGGUGAGAAUAACCAGCUGGUGGCAGGGGAGGGCUGGGCUAGUGCCCCUUCACGUUUCAGCUGUCAGCCUCUUGGGAGGGAUUAGCAGAUAGGAUUAACCAGGGUAGCCCCUUCAAAAGGCCAUGUGUGGAGAGGUGUCUGAGGAAUAAAAAGCAGCAGCCUCAAAUACAGUAACCUAGUUUUGAAUCAUCUUGGUAACUCUGAUACCUACAGCACAAAUGAAAUAGCUCUUCAAGGAACCCAACACGAACACCAGCUUGAUCACCAUUGGUAGAGCAGAGUACGUAUUACAAGGGGCAGCCAGUGGCAUGGUGGUUAAAGCGCCCGGACCCUGCAUGGUCAACCGUGUGGUUCAAAUCCCAGACUCGGC